AUUGAAGUUUUAGCAUCUCUAGCCCAAGAUAGCCGCGCAGAUCGCGUUUGUGUCCGUGAUUGUUAUAGUUUUGUUGUUACCGUCAAAUCAACUUUGAAUAAUCUGAUCUAAUCGUGGAAUUUAGCUAAGCUUAAACAGAAAUUGCCUGGACAAAAGUAUUCUUGUGAAAUAGCGAAAUCUUUGCCUUGGCAAAGUCUCGCACUUGCAAUCCUGCGGCUGUCGGCAGCGUGCGCCUGUGUGUGAGCCUGUGUUAGUGGACGGAAUAACUGGAUUUUCCGAAUUUGCGCAGUUUUAUGAGAAACUGUUAAAGACGCGCUUAAAUUACGGAAUAUCAAGCAUGGCACGCGACACUCAAGGAACUCAGGGAACCCAGAGCCAGGCAUCCAGCAUCUGGACCCUGGUGGAAAGUCAGCCCAUGGAAAAGAUAGUCUGGGGCCGGUUGUACGGCAAAAACAUCAAGAUCAAAUCGCUGGAUCUGAACAAUGACGAGUUCUCCGCAGGACGUGGAGAGGCGAACGAUUUGAUCCUUACGCUCAACGAUUUGUCUGAGAAAAUCCUGACGCGCAUUUCCAAAGUGCAUUUUACUAUUAAGCGAGCAAACUGUGACCUUGCCAGUCCAGUUUACAUUCAGGACCUCUCGCGGAACGGGACCUUUGUGAACAAUGAAAAAUUGGUGAACAAAAUGCGAAUUUUGAAAAACGACGACGUUAUUUCCCUAUCACAUCCCACACACAAAGCCUUUGUGUUCAAGGAUCUCAGCCCGAACGAGUCUAUUGGUCUGCCUGAGGAGAUAACCAAAACGUAUUAUAUAAAUCGGAAGCUGGGCUCCGGGGCCUACGGAUUGGUGCGCCUUGUCUAUGAUACACGCACCUGCCAGCAGUUCGCAAUGAAGAUUGUGAAGAAGAAUAUGCUGUCGGGCGGCUCCCGACCCAGCACUAACUUAAGCGAUCCCGAAAGAGUGCUAAAUGAGGCCAAAAUCAUGAAGAAUCUAUCACACCCGUGUGUGGUUCGAAUGCACGAUAUUGUUGACAAGCCGGAUGCCGUUUAUAUGGUGCUAGAAUUUAUGCGAGGCGGCGAUCUACUAAAUAGGAUCAUAAGCAAGAAGCUGCUAAAUGAAGAGACUUCAAAGCUUUACUUUUACCAAAUGUGCCAUGCCGUUAAGUACCUUCAUGAUCGCGGUAUCACCCACCGCGACCUCAAGCCGGACAAUGUGUUGCUAGAAACAAACGACGAGGAUACCCUCCUAAAGGUAUCCGAUUUUGGACUGAGCAAGUUCGUCCAGAAGGACUCUGUGAUGCGUACGCUUUGUGGAACUCCGCUCUAUGUGGCCCCAGAGGUUCUUAUAACCGGUGGUAGAGAGGCGUACACCAGAAAAGUAGACAUCUGGAGUUUGGGAGUGGUGCUAUUCACCUGUCUCAGCGGCACGCUUCCCUUCUCUGACGAAUACGGCUCUUCAGCGGCCGAACAAAUAAAGAAGGGAAGGUUUGCAUAUCGACAUCCGGCAUGGAAGGGUGUCUCGCAGCGCGCCAAGCUUCUAAUUAACCAAAUGCUCAUUGUGGAUCCCGUAAAGCGACCCUCAAUUGAUGACGUUCUGCAGUGUAGCUGGCUGCGGGAUGCAGCGAUGCUGCAGAAAGCCAAGCAGCUUAUGAAGCUCGAAAGCAUGGAUAUCGAGGAGGAAAAUAACUUCCUUGAGCCGCCCACUAAGCGGUCGCGGCGCUAGUUUUCUAUUAUCCAUUCCAUUUACCAACAGUGUUAGGUUAAGGCGCGAAAAAGUUUUAAUUUUCUGGAAAAAUUAUUCAAAAACAUUUUUCUUCAAAUGCCGCCGCCGCUUAUCAUUAUGUUUGAUGUUCCAGUAUUUUGCGGUUGUUUAUUUUUACGUGUUGUUUAGUAUAAGUUUUUCAUUGGAUUCCCCCUCUUUGGAUAUUUUAUAAUUAAUUUUGGUCCAAUCUUAUCUGUCAUUCUUAUUGAUUUAUAAUUACUAUACUUAACUAUUGUUUAGAAACUAAACGAAAUUGUUAUACGGAUAAAUUUGAUUUGACUUUUCAGCGAAUACAAACUGAGCUUUUUGAAAUAAAGCAUUUGCACUUAAGUAAUAUAA